AGUGAGUGCGACAGGAAGUUUUCUUCUAGUAGCAGUAGUUCGGUUCUUUCAGUUUCUGAUGAUAUGCGGCCGCCUUUAACUGGGUCAGGGCCACGUCACAUUUUCCAACAUGGCGAUCGUAGCAAUGGCAACUGGCAAGCCCCGCGAAAAUCAAUAAUGCUUGUAAACAAGCUGGGGGAGAAACAAUUGCAUCGUAUUUAACGUUUUACGCUAUGCAACGCUAGCGUAGCUACAGUGUUUAUUGCUUUCCUUUUUAUGUAAUUUAAUAUAAAUGAUAAUAAAUAUAUUUCGUUUUCGAUAACUUAAUAGUACAAAAGUAGGGCAAACAUGGAUACAGCUAACGUAGGAUAUUCGUAUCACUUGCCGGGUGGUGGAUGGAAUUAUAAGAUUCGCAACACGCUGUCGCAAUUUAGCGAUUUGUUUAGCGAAUUCAAUAAAUAUAUUGCACCUGCAUAUCAUCACGAUCGAUGUGAAAGGUCUGUUCAAAUGAGGAUUUAUUCGAUGCACAAAGGAGAGUUCGUGAUGGUUAUUAUAGCAUUUUUUGCGUGCUUCGGUCUUGGUGUUUUCAUAGGAUUAGCAGGUCCGUCCCCGACGACUACCACGUCAGUAUCCGCCAGUAGCGUGUUGGCUAAUAUCAGCGAGAUGUGCCACGGCCCUUUCCACCUGCACAGCCCCGCGCUCGGCACAAGAGCGCAGCAACUGUGGCUGUUGGCGCAAAUACUCACCGAUAACAACGACGAGGAAAUUUUCGACAAAAGUUUCCAAGUCAGUAUAUCAAUAGACGGCGUGUUGAGUGACCACACUGCAGUCAACCUCAUCCCUGAGUCAGAGGCCACUAAUAGGACGCAACAUCUAAAAUGCAAGAAGCAAAUAUGUGAAGAAGUGCUGGUCCUCCAUCUUGGGUCGUUAGAAUACACGCAUUACAUGCUUAACAUACACUUCUAUGGCCUGAGGGAGUUCCAUAAGCGGUAUUUUAUACGGGAAAUUGUGUUUUAUUUCAAAACCUACAAUCCGGCAUUUACACAAAUGGAAACCUGGUUCAGGUUUAUUUUCCUUCUCACCACAUUCACCGUAGCCUGCUGGUUCGCUCACACACUGAGAAAAUUUUCAACUCAAGAUUGGGCCAUCGAACAGAAAUGGCUCUCCAUUCUACUUCCUCUACUUCUCCUUUACAACGAUCCGAUCUUCCCCUUGCGGUUGGUGAGCGGGGGCUGCUUCGCGCCGCUGCUGGAUACGAUAUUUCAGACCACUUUCCUCGCUUGCGUGAUGAUAUCAUGGCUGGCGCAGUACCAUGGACUAAGACAGAAUGAGCGUGGUUUCGUAUCGUUCUACCUUUUCAAAGUGAUAAUAGUGGGGAUGGCGUGGCUACCCGCCAUGUGUGUGGCGGUGUGGCAGAAGUACUAUGCGUAUUACGACCCCACUUUCAACUACUACAUGAGCCCCAAUUAUCCGGUGGUGAAGAUAAUGUUCUUCGUUGCAGUUACGUUGUACUUUCUGUACCUCCUCAUCCUCAUAGUAAAGGCGUACAGCGAUUUGAGAAAUAUGCCAUUUUUCGAUAUAAGACUGCGAUGUCUAUCAAUAAUAGUGGGAACGGUGACGUUCAUCACCACGAUCCUGGCGCUGCACAGCUGGGGCCCCGGCGCACUGCAGGAUCACUGGGCGGCGCAGCCCGCAGUGCGCUACGACACCUCGGCGCCGUUCAUGGCGCUCUACGGCCUCUUCAACUUCACGCUCUAUAUCAUGGCCUACUUGUUCUCGCCUGGCACCGGGAACAUACAUGAAACCGCCAUCACCAAGGAUAACCCAGCAUUCUCUAUGAUCAACGACUCUGACGAGGAAGUUAUUUAUGGAUCUGACGAAGAGAGCCGACGACCACUCAAUUCGCACUCUCACCGCGCGACUAGUGAAGACAUAUGAUUAAAUAAAAAGUGUUUCAUGGUAUUAGCGUCAGGUAAAAAUAACUCUGGACACAGCGUGCAGCGGAGGUGCGUUUGCGCAUGGAUAAUUUACUUUCCUACAACGCAGGAAGUAAAGAUCGACUGAUGAAUCAAUAAUGCAGCGCAGACCUGCGCUGGGUCUAGGUCAGAGUUCGUUUUACAUGACAGAAUGUACAUAAUUAUUGUACACAGGCUAAAGGAACAAGACAGGCAGGAAAUGGGCUGUGAGACAAGUAAUCUGCUUCAUUUUAUAAAGAAACCAGUUUUAAAGUUUAUUCCUUCUUGUCUAGCUCUUUCAGUCUGUGUUACUAUAUUAUUAUUAUUAUUAUGUAAUUUUUCUUGUUAUUAUAAAAUAGACACUAAUGAACAGCUCUGUUAUUUAUUUUGAAGAUGAAAUUAAAUUCCCUAUUUGAUA